UUGGGGUAGGUCGUGGAAUCGUGGAAUCGAGUGAAGAUUCUCAUGCACGGCCCGAGCCUGCUUGGAAUCCCAUGGUCGAGAGGAGAGAAGGAGCAUGACGUAGCCGUCGACAAGGGGGGCGCUUCGGAUGCUCCGGACUGCCGAUUAGGCUCGUAUGGAGGGGAAGGACGCAAUCACCACGGAAAGCACCCUGCUUCUGAACCUGACCACUGUAGCUACACGAAACACCGACGGAUUCCUCCGAGGAUUCCCCGGCAAAAAUUCGCCCUACACGGUCACGCAGGCAAUACUUAUCGCCCUGGUGCUUGGCAGCAUCAUAGUCGGGACUGUGAUUGGAAACAUUCUAGUCUGCGUUGCCGUGUUCCUUGUUAGGAAGCUGCGAAGGCCUUGCAACUAUCUGCUGGUUAGCCUUGCAGUUAGCGAUCUCUGCGUCGCUCUUCUGGUAAUGCCGAUGGCGUUGCUCUACGAGAUCUCCGGUAAUUGGUCCUUCGGUGCAAUUAUGUGCGACCUUUGGGUUAGCUUCGACGUGCUCAGUUGCACGGCCAGCAUCCUGAACCUCUGCAUGAUCUCCGUGGACCGGUUCUGUGCCAUAACGAAGCCGCUGAAAUACGGGGUGAAAAGAACACCGCGACGAAUGAUCGUUUACGUCAGCCUUGUUUGGUUGGGAGCGGCCUGUAUCAGUUUGCCACCAUUGUUGAUUAUGGGAAACGAGCAUACUUACUCCGAGAGUGGGCCGUCUCAUUGCGUUGUUUGCCAGAAUUUCUUCUAUCAAAUUUACGCUACGCUUGGGAGCUUCUACAUACCUCUGUUCGUGAUGAUUCAAGUAUAUUACAAGAUAUUCUGUGCGGCGCGCAGAAUAGUUCUCGAAGAACGGAGAGCGCAAAGCCACUUGGAGGCGCACUGCUACCUCGACAUAGAGCCGACGGUGCAGCAACAUCAGCCAGCAGCUGUGAAUCGUCAAUUAAAUACCGACGUGCAGACUAGCCAUGGAAGUCCGCCCACGAAGCAGCACCGAAGUUCGAGCGCCUCGACGACGGUAAGUAGACCAAUUGAUUCUAGUUGAUAGAUCGCAUCUUGUUCUUCUCCUAUUUGCGGCCACGCCACGACCGUUGACUGAGUCAUUUACCCGACCAAUUCGCCUUCGAACCCUCGAUGACGAAUUCAAUCCAUAGAUUCGUCGUACGCUUACGCACGAAUCGUUCCAAAUUCUAACAGAAUAGGGAAUUACAUUCGAUUAAAAAACUUUGAUAUUUAACCUGUUAACUGGGCCGUCUCAUGAAGUUUAUGACUAAUAAAAAUUAAUUUUCAAAUUAAUUUUAGUAUUUGUAAACGUAAAUACGAUGUGAUUUAUAUGUAACAAAAAUGAU